CUACGCUUUUAGGCCACAUCUGGAAUAUUACAUUCAGUUCUGGUCACCCCAUUAUAAGAAGAAUGUCAAGACUUUGGAGAUAUUACAGAAGAGGUUUACCAGGAUGCUGCCUGAAUUAGAGGAUGUUCAAUUUUUUCACCUCCUUCGUUGUGUCACAGACAUGAGCAAAAAACAUAUCCAAAAGACUUUCAUCAUGCUUGAUUGGAAAGCCUCAGGGGAGAUUGGAUUUGAUGAGUUUUACAUGUUAAUUUGCAUCAUAAUUGCCAAUAAGGAUAAGAUGGAGCAGCAGUUUCUUUAUCGUCAUUCUCGCUCCAUUUUUGACCUAUUUGAUAUGGAUGGAGAGCAUACCAUCUCCCCAGCUGAAUUUUGUGCUGCAGGAUUUCUCUUCAAUAUGAAAGGACGUGCCUUUUUGCAGAUGUUUCAGGAUUACAGUGGAAGUAGCGGUGAGUCCUCAGACUGUGAAAAAUCUGAAGCAGAAGUGUAA